AUGACGACGCACUUUGCAACAUACACAUUCCCCUCGCCGGCAGCCGGAUACGAAAACGCACCUCCGCUGCCCGAGGAGAAGGCCGAGGAUGGCAAGAGCCUGAAGAACCCAGAGACGGGCGUCCUAAGCAAGGCCUAUGAAACCUUUAUCGAUCCUCUGAGCAAAGGACGUAGGGGCGGCUUCGACAUCCACGUUUACUACACAACAUCGCAGAUGGACUAUGCACGGCAGCUCUAUGACAGGAUUCGAAGGGAGUUUCCCGAGUUACGCAUCUAUAAGUUUUGGGACAAGCCUGUUGGUCCACAUCCAUAUGCGAUGUUUGAGGUGAACCUGUUCACGCCCGCCCAGUUUGGCGCCUUCGUCCCCUGGCUGAGCGUUUGGCGUGGGCCUUUGUCGGUGCUCGUCCAUCCGAACAGGUUGGAAUGGGAGAGUGCGAUUCGAGACCAUACGCAGAGAGCAACUUGGAUGGGUGAGAAGGUGCCGCUGGAUCUGAGCAUGAUGUAUGUUUUGAGGCAGAAGGAAUUGGAGGAGAGGGAGAAGAAGAGCUAG